AUGCCACUGGGGGAGCCGUUGCUGGAGUUCAUCGCCUGGGUUCGUUCGUGCAGGUUAAUGGCGGGCUACGAUUUGGAGCUCAACAACAAGAACACUCAAGACUUCAACGUGGUCUUCCACGGGCCAAAAGAGACAAUAUACGAAGGCGGUGUGUGGAGAGUACACGUGACACUGCCCGACGAUUACCCCUUCUCUUCACCGUCAAUUGGCUUUUUAAACAAGAUUUUGCAUCCAAAUGUAGAUGAAGCAUCUGGCUCGGUUUGUCUGGACGUAAUUAACCAAACUUGGACUCCGCUUUACAGCCUUGUCAACGUAUUUGACGUGUUCUUGCCCCAGCUCUUGACCUACCCCAACCCUCAAGACCCGUUGAACAGUGAAGCCGCUUCUUUGCUCAACAGGGACAAAGCACAGUACGAGCAGAAAGUGAAAGAACACGUGAAGAAAUACGCAAGCCGAGACUCUUGGGAGAAGGAACAGGCCCGACGGAAGGAAGAAGCUGCUCGGGAGAGAAUGAGGGAGGAGCAGGAGCCUGAGGCUGGCGAGCUGUCGAGAGUGGAUGACGAAGCAGAUGGCGCUGACAUCGACGACCUGUAA